AAAAAAACAAACUAUUAAUUACUGUUGUUUGCCUAUAAAAUAAACCUACUCCCCAAGUCCCAUCUAACAACAAUCAUCACAAAAACAAAAACAAAACAAAACCUCCAAGAAAAAAAAAACACCAAAAUAAUAUGGAUCAUAGUCACUGGUUGACAUCAACCCAGGUUUUAACAUCCUUAAUCCUUCCAAUUCUCAUAAUCUCUUCCUUUCUCUUCCCAAUCACCACCUCCCAAGAAAGCCCAUUUCUCUACAAGAUCUGCAAAAACGAGUCGGCCGGCAGCUACACAAAAACCGACCCCUUUGCGAACAACCUCAAGAACGUCUUAGACAACCUCGUCGACCAGACUCCGAAACACGACGGGUUCUGGACAACAUCCUCGGGCGGGGCCUACGGGCUCGCCCUUUGCCGCGGAGACGUCUCGUCCGACCAUUGCGACUUUUGCCUCUACGACGCUCGGUGCAAGAUCACCCAGCGUUGCGUCGAACGUGCCGCCAUUGUCUGGUACGACAACUGCCUCAUCAAAUACUCGGACCACGAUUUCUUUGGAGAAAUCGACACCGACAACAGGAUCCGAAUGUAUAACAUUUACAACGCGACCGACGCCAAGGGUUUCAACAAGACGGCCCGGGACUUGCUGCAAAGCCUAAAGAAGAAAGCAAGCAAAUCGGCAAUGAUGUUCGCGCAAGGGAGCGCGGUGGAGAAGAAGGAGAACGUGACUAUAUACGGCAUGGCACAAUGCGGUCGAGAUCUGUCGCGAGGGAACUGCACGAGCUGCCUCGACUACGCCAUAAAUCAUCUCCCGGCGUUUACGGCUACCACCACGCCAGUUGGUGGAAGGACUCUCACCGGAAGUUGCUCGGUUAGGUACGAGGAGUAUGUUUUCCUCGAUACCCCAACCAAGAAUAAGGCCGUAAAUGUGAAAAUGAUAGCUUGAUGGGAUCAUGGGAAAUAAUAUAGUCUCAUGUUUGGAUUUGAGUUUUAUAUUUGAGUUUUAAAUACAAGGGGUUAACCAUUUUUAAAUGGUUAAAAUGUUCAGAGAAAUGUUCAGAGAAAUCCAAAUAUAUACAACCAACUAAAUAUACAAACUUAUCAAAUAUUUCAACCCAUUUAUGAACUCAAAACUAACUCUAAGAAGCAAGUGACAAAACUAGAUUAUGCAGAAAAGCUAAAAACUGCAGAGCCAGAUUACAAGUGCAGUAGCCAAAGCAGCAAAAGCUCCCACCUAUCAUAAAUUUAUUAAAGCCAAAGUUGGAAAAAAAAAUUGAUCUUCAUUUGAAAAUAGAAACUAAAUUACAAUAAAGGUGCAACCUUUGAAGAACAACAUGCACCUUCUCCACACAGAUCAUCUUCAAUGGCUUUAUAAAAG